CUUACAUGAGGUAUCGACACGAUAAAUUUGAAAUCCACCCAUAUGGAUAUCGCUGCCAGCCUUUUGCAGCUCAUCCAGUUCACCAUCAUCAGUAUUCGUGUUAUCCGGGAAACCUCGAUCGCCAUCAAAGAUGGGCCGGAAACAAUUUCAUAUAUGGCAAAAAGUGCCAAUCAUCUUUUGCAAAUGAUGGAACGGCUAGAAAAAAGCCGUGCUCUCAAACAGUAUCAGACAGGACAGUUGUACGAAAUGGUGCGCUCAUGUCACGUUGACGUAACGAGGAUGGCCAAGAAAUUGGAGAAAUAUAAUUUUUAAGCGAGCGAUAAUUUUGGAACUAAGAUGCGGAAAAUUGUACUUGGCAUUUUCAACGAGAAGGAAUGGAUGGACUUCAGGUUGCGAAUGGACGGUUACUGCAACUCACUGACUGCAUUUAUCACAAUCGAAGACAGGUAAGCUUAGUCAUCCUUCUUCCACGAUGAAGUGUUGAUGAAUCUCCACUCCAGUCACAAGCUGCAUGAUAUUGGCGAUACAACGAUUGAGUCCCACAAAGUUCUUCGAGAAGAUCUCGUGCGUUUAUCCGAAAAGUGUGACCGAAUUGAAGCAAAGUGCAAUGAAGUUCGAAUUGUAAUCCAUCAACCCAAACCAGGAGAUACAUUUUUCAUUGACUCUAUUCGGCAAAUCAUACAAGAAGAUCUGAAAAAACCAAUACUCAAUGAAAUCAGUGGCAUCUCGCAAGGAAAUUUCUCGGAAGAGAUAGGCGAACGUAUUUCGAAAGCUUUUAUACGUUUGGAAGGGAGAUCCGAUUCAAAUUUCAAGACCUUAGGAAGCGAUCUUGAAGAACUUGCGGCACUUGCCAACGAAUUGAGAUUAUUCCAAGUUCGAGCUCAUGCCGAGUCGAAUAAUCAGAUAUCCCGGCAUCGUGGAACAGUUACUGCUAUAGGUAUGACUUGAUACUGACUUUAAUUCGCAAAGGUUCCCGUCCACUAUUACAGCUAAUCUUUUAUUAGAAAUAAGCGACUGGCCAGCUGAUAAAAUUCUUGCUGACUCCCUCGUCCUCGAGAAAUUCUUCCCGCGAGAUCGUAUUCGGUUAAAGGGCGUUGCCCCCCAAAAAUGUCAUGGUAAACCGCCAGACCUUGCUCAGACUUCUCGAAUGGACUGGUGGCAAAGCAAAAUAUAGAGUUCUCCGGAUAAGAAGCCCCUAUACCCCCGCUCGAGACUCCGAAAAUGCGAUGACCAGACUUAGCUCGAAGUUGUUGAAAAUCUCAGAAAAUGUGGUUCCCAAGCUUCCCAUAUUAUCUUUUUUCUGCCAGCCCUCAAAAUGGAGACAAAACCUAAGUAAUGAGACGUCUGAAAUGGAAGGGCUGAUUGCGAUGCUUUAUGCACUAAUACGCCAAAUCAUUGAGAUACAACCACCCGGGAUACAAGCGGUUGUUGAUUUGUCCGAUAAUCGAUUGCGAGAUCUCGAUGGCACUGAGAAAACGUGGAAAGCUUCUCUUUGUCUUCUUGAUGACUUAAUUGGUGGUGUAGACAAAGCAUUUCUUAUAGUGGACGGAUUGCAUUGGGUAGAGCAUUCGAGUACGCGGAAGUGUUUGGGAGAGUUGCUCGAUGUUCUGCUGCGCGAGAAGUUACAUUCUUUGUUUGUUACAACAGGGCACUAUCCUAGUUUAAUCAACAAGUUAUCUCAGUAAGACACUUUGAGCGACCGUGGCUAUGGUUUUGGAGGUCCCAAAGAGGAUAUUGAGAGGCAUCAGCAAAAACCAUGGAGUCAAACUUGUUCCACAUUGUCAUGUAGAAUAAUG